AUGGGCUUCUCUUCUUCAGAUACCACCAAGCUUUUCCCUAGAGAGAAUUCUGUCUACAAUAUCCCGUUCUUCGGGGUGUCUGCCAUGGGGAACUACCAACACUUGGAUAAGUUGGGUGAAGGGACUUUUGGGACCGUCUCUAAGUGCAAAAUGACAGAGUUCGAUGACCGAGGCAGUCCGAAAGGCAAGGGAAAGCUUGUGGCCCUUAAAAAAAUCAAUAUUCAUGACCAAAAGAUCGGUUUCCCCAUUACCGCGUUCAGAGAAAUCACAAUCUUGAAGCGCUUGAAGCAUAAAAACAUUUUGCCACUACUAGAUGUUGUGGCCAACAAAGAAGAAAAGUUUUCGGAAAUGAGCAAAAUCUGUGGCAUCAAGCACCAAUAUUGUAGUUUCUUCUUGGUCAGUCCUUACAUGAAGUCCGAUUUGUCGGGUUUAUUGCACAAUCCAGAUAUCGAAUUCGAUGUUCCUUCGAUAAAGUGUUUAAUGUACCAACUUUUGGAAGGUCUAGAUUAUCUACACAAACAAGGGUACUAUCACAGAGAUAUCAAGACCGCAAAUCUCUUGGUAGACCAUAAUAAUGUGCUAAAGAUUGCCGAUUUUGGGCUAGCGAGAAAAUACUACGGUCAUGCCCCAAGGUCGCAAGGUGGACCUUCCGAAGUCAGAGCCCUGUAUACCCCUUUAGUGGUCACUAGAUGGUACAGAGCUCCUGAGUUAUUAUUGGGAGAUAGCCGUUAUACCACCGCAAUCGAUAUGUGGGGAGUAGGUUGUAUUUUUGCCGAAUUCUUUGAGCAUACACCGAUUUUAAAAGGUAAGUCUGAUUUGGAUCAACUUUACAAGAUCUUCAAGUUGAUUGGUGAGCCAACGGAACAGAAUUAUCCAGAAUUUGUCAAAUUGAAAAACCCAAUGAAGGCAGAAAUCACUCACUAUAAUCCAACUUUGAGGAGUCGAUUCGGACAGUAUUUCCAACACAGUGACAGUGAUCAUGAACAAGGAAUUGAUUUAUUGCAAAAAUUACUAUGUAUCAAUCCAAUGAACCGACUCAAUGCAGAACAGGCAUUGAAGCAUCAGUAUUUUUCAACCUCUCCUUAUGCACACAAACCAAGUGAUUUACCAGAGUUUGAAGCUUCUCAUGAAAUGGAUAAUAAGAAAUUCAAUGAAGAAAAAGACAGAAGAGAGAGGGCAAAGGCCACUCAACAACAGGGCUUCUCUGACAAAUAUCCAAACGAAAAUGGCUAUGGGAGAUAUCACAAUAACACCAGUAAUCAUGGGUCGCUUCAUCAAAGUCGAGGAGGGUAUGGCUCUAACAUGUCUAGGACAAAUAUGAAUAAGAGCAUUCACAAAGGCAAUGAAUCAGAGGAACGCGGGUUCAAGGAUGAUCAGAAUGAAGGUCAAAACGAACGAAAGCAAUCGAACUGGUCAAGAAAUCCAAACAAACAGGAACAUCCAAAAGAAUCUUUCAAGCCGUCUGCCGCUAUGUCGAAUCUCCCAAAAAAACCCACCGUUCCAUUACAAUCGGUUGCAUUGUUUGCGUCUAAAUCGCGAGCAUUGAAGCCGCUGCAACCUAGCUCAAGAUUGCCACCAAAAACGCCCGCGGCCUUAAUGGCUAGUAAACUUCAAAAGCCAACUGAUCAAUUAAUUCUGAUAUCGAAGGACCCUGUACACAUAAAGGAGAAGCUUGUUCAUGGCAAACUGAAACCUACCACCGCAUCGAAAACAGAAAUCAAUAAGCAUGCCUUGCAAGGACACGAGCAACCAAGCAAUAGCCAUUCUACUUUGAAGCCGAAGACUCCUCAAAAGAGCCUAAAGCCAAAAAGUCCCCUUGAAAACAAAAGAUCCUCGCCGCCAUCAAUACAUCGUCAAAUUCCUCGUAAAUCUGAAGAGAAGCAGUCAAAUGGUUGUGCCCAUGAAGCACCAUCAGUCAAUUCUUCUGAAACUCAAGGUGAUAAGAUCACAACACCAAAGAUGGAUAUUGAUAGUGAAGAGGAUGAGACAAAAUUUGAUAGCCUUUUUGGGGAAGACUCGACAAAGGAUGAAAGUGCACAUUUGGAAAAGAAUGGCGUGGAUAUGAUUGCAAAUGGCGAUGACAACGAUUCAAAUAACAAGGACCCUUCUCUUGAAAGGGAAGACAAAGAGUCUACGAGUGGCAUCAAGAGAUUGAGUGAAAAAUCAACAGAACUUCUAGCAGAGAAGAUGUCAACUACACCAUUGAAAGAAAAAGCUGAUAAAUUGGACUCCAAGAAAGUUAAAGAUGAAGCUUCUGUGAAACCUCUAAUUUUGAAAUCCAAAAGACUGUUCCCGUCAGUUCCACUUUCUUCUACAUCAAAAUUAUCAACAUCUGAGGACACAACAAUUUCAAAAACAUCCCAAACCUCACAGUCAAAAUUGACAGGCAAAACUGCCAGCCGACAACUUAAAGAAGUCAACAAGAUUAUAGCUGCCCUGCCAGUCCACAAAAAAUUAGGAACUGCUAGCUCCCUGCUGGAUGAUAAGAAGAAGACUUUAAGUAGACGUUCUUUGAAAGCCAGAAGUAGUUCAUUUCAUGAUGAUUACCUCUCUGACAUUGAAGAGCCUGAUUGGCGCUCUUAUGUGGAAAAUCAAUAUCUGCGCCUCCAGGGGGCUAAAAGGAGAUCAACUAGUUCAGAAAUGGUGACAAAGCCAGGGGAGAAAAAAAGAAAAACUAAUUGA